AUGUCGGAUGACGAAACUACACGUAACAGGAAGACAGAAGCAAGCCUAGGUGACAGUGAAGAGUGGAAAUCCACUUUUCCAGAAAUGUUGCCUAAGAAGGACAUCUACAGCCGUUUCGUGAGCAACUUCGAGAACGCCUUGAAGUGUACCAGGUUAUUCUCACGCUACAUCCAUUUAUAUGUUUGUUAUUCAGAGGGCCGUUGCUUGAAGAAGUCCAAACUUCGAGCAUUUUCAUUGGAAGGUAUUGCCGAGUACAUCAAAACUGAACGACCCUGCAAUGUCAUUGUGAUGAGUGGUGCGGGUAUCUCCACAUCUGCUGGAAUUCCUGACUUCAGGAGUCCAGGUAUCUUUGCUUUUGUGUUCAUUUUUAAGCCAACGCUUUGUCACUAUUUUGUGAGACUGUUAGAUAAGAAAGGAAUUCUACGGAGAUGGUUCACACAGGAUUUUCCAAAGUGCGACCUUCUGCUGAUCAUGGGAACUUCUUUAGUUGUACAACCGUUUGCUAACUUGGUGAAUGAGGUAGGUCUCAUGGAUGUGUUCUGGGGUGGUUCUUGUGAUGAUGGAUGUAAACGUCUGGCUGAGCUUCUUGAUUGGGAACACGAGCUAGACCACCUUAUUCAGGAAGGUGAGCUAAGGUAUAAUUCACAAUGA